GUUCGUUCACACGUCAGGCAGAUAACAGCAAGGUGAAGGCUGUAAGCUAAGAGUGGGCUGGGUAUGUAGAUAAAUAGACAGGAGGCCCAGGAAGUUUGUCACUUAAGUGUUGAGAAUUAAACAGCGACACUGGUUGUUGACAUUUGAUUGACAUUAUUUAUGUACAGAGCUCACACCAUGGCAGACAGCAACAGCAUACCAGGAGAGUCUGUGGUAUAUCCCAGACCACCGUCCUCUUUUCCAGACAUGGUCAUCAAUCUGGUCAAAAAGGCGCUCUUAUUGGUUGUUAGAUUCUAUGUUUUGGCGGCUUUAUGGAUUUACCAUUGGCUGAAAAAGAUCUUCACAAGAGCUCUUCAGCCUUUGGAGCCAGUUUUCCAGCAGGUCAAGAAAGUCCCAAAGAAAGACAUUAGUGCUGAAGGAAUCUUUUACCAGACGCUGAGACUUCAGUUCCUGCUCUUUCUGUACAUAACACCUUUCAUACUAAGUGCUUUCCACUACCUGGCCCAACCUCUGGUUUGGCUCAGAGACUGGUUAUUUGCUUUUGUUGAAGAAGACGAGAAAUAUUCCAAAAAGUCCACAGAGGAAUGAUGUCUUUGCUCAAUGCACCGUGUUUUUUUCCCCCGCAUAUUCAUUGAUGAAUGGACAUCAAAAACAAAAGGGCAGUUGUAUUGUAGAUGUAUUAUAAAUUGCUGGAGGCCAUACUAUAAGUCGACCUGUGCAUAGAUAUAUCAGUUAAACUGCCACAUAGAAAGAAUGUAUGACAGUAAUUUAUUGUGGUGAUUAUAUGUUGUUAUAAAGCUGCAAAGAACUGCACAUUUAUCAGCCUACAUUUUAUACACACUGGUGAAGUUGUAGAACUCUCUUACAGUAUCACUAGAUCUAGCAAUUAUAUUUUUUUUCUAAAACUUUGAUUCCCGUGAUAUCUCUUGAAAUUUUUGGCCAUCUAAAUUUAUUACCACGUCAUGAGAGUCAAACUUUGUCAAUUAUAUUCUUUAAUUCAAGCAUCCGUCCAGUGUAUACUUUUUUUUUAAAUUUAGAUUGCCGUACAGAAAUCAAAGUUUUAGAAAGAAUAAUUUACGUGUGUUGUCUCCCUUUGAUGACAGAGGCCAUUAAAAAAAAAACAACUUCUUUCCAUAAACUCACUCAAUAUUUUGUGACAACGACUUUCACCCAAGUCUUAUCACCUGGUCUUAACUCCCGGGUAGACGUCCUUGUAAAACUCUUUCGCUUUCGUUGCGUUCACCAGAGCGUUGAAACACGGGCCAGUUUAUAUCAUGGCGACAUCAUUAUGACAAAUAGAUAAGACUAAAUCUCGUGUAUAAAAUGUAGGUCUACGUUGUUUAUACGUAAAGCGGUAUAUCAAGGUAUGGCUCUUAUCAAUUUAAUCAAUGUGUGAUGUUUGCACUAGCGUAGCUUGCUUUUUAAAAAAAAAACACACUAUUUGAUAACUUUAUUGAACAUUAACUUAAGCUUACAACCCCCUUCCAAAACAGGAACCGAAUUUUUGCUAUUAAAUAACUCGAUAAAAUUUGAUCACAUAAUGUACAAGCAGUCACUAAUUCAUUUAUUCAACGAUUCAGUUGAGCAUGUGAGUUACAUUGCUGCAUAGUGGACAUCUUUAUCCAUGGCCUGAAAGACUCGUGUGUGUGUGUGUGUGUGUGUGUGUGUUUUGGUGUAACUGGUUCAUCCGACUUGACAACAAUAACAUUUUAUCAUAUGUAAAUAUAUUUAGAUCUUGCAUUUUAUAUUAAGAAUGACUUAGCGAGUGACGAAUGAUAUGUGUUGGAAGAUUAUUAGAUGAUGACAAAAAAGAAAACAAUAAAUCUAACGUGUACAUAGCACAGGAA